CUCGAUAAUAUUAAAGGAGAAGAAGAAGUGUUAUGGAGGUAGGUGCGUUUCAUUCUGUGCAAUGAACACAAAAAACAACCACAACAAUCAAAUGAAUUCAAAAUGAAAAUCAAAUGAAAUUACUGUAAUUUCAAAAACCCAAAUCAAUCAACAUCAAUUCUCAAACCAACUCAUGUACGCCACUGACAACGAUUCCCGGAGCUCCGGCUCCGAUUCAUCUUCCACCGAUUCAUCUCACUGGACAACCGAAACAAUCAACGGCGGAUCUCUUCGCCACGUCGACCUCAACACCGGAAUAAACGGCUGGGCUUCACCACCAGGCGACGUCUUCAACCUCCGCUCACAAAACUACUUCACCAAACGCCAAAAAUCUCCCGCCGGCGAGUAUCUUCUAUCUCCCGCCGGCAUGGACUGGCUUAAAUCCUCAACAAAACUCGACAACGUACUGAGCCGCUCCGAUAAUCGCGUCGCCAACGCGCUUCGAACAGCACAAGCACAAGGAAAAUCGUUGAAGAGUUUCAUCUUCGCGGUGAAUCUGCAGAUUCCAGGUAAAGAACACCACAGCGCGGUUUUUUAUUUCGCGAGCGAAGAUCCAGUUCAACCCGGUUCGUUACUAGGACGGUUCAUCGAAGGUGACGACGGGUUCAGAAACCAGCGGUUCAAGUUAGUGAACCGGAUCGUAAAAGGACCGUGGAUAGUAAAAAAAACGGUGGGUAAUUACAGCGCGUGCUUGUUAGGUAAAGCGCUGACGUGUCAUUAUCAUAGGGGAAGUAAUUACUUAGAGAUUGAUGUAGAUAUUGGAAGUAGUGCAAUUGCGAAUGCUAUCUUGCGCCUUGCAUUGGGAUAUGUGACAAGUGUUACGAUUGAUAUGGGGUUUGUUGUGGAGGCUGUGACGGAUGAGGAGUUGCCGGAGAAGUUAAUUGGAGCUGUUAGGGUUUGUCAGAUGGAAAUGUCUUCUGCUUGUAACAUUGUUGAUGCUCCAAGGAUAGGAAUCGCUAAAGUCAACCAUGAAUCAUCAUCACCUUAGGGUUCAUAUCAAUAUUUAAUGAUUUUAGACUUUUAUUCUUUUUUUCAAAUUUUAUUAGGGAGUAACAAUUAAUAAAUAAUUAUUCGCCUUCAUUGGAAUUAUUUUCCUGUAAUUUUGUUUUUCUAAUUUGACAUUUGA